UAUGCCGACGCCGCUACCGUCGGUCGCGCCCACUACGCCGCGGCCGAGCCCGGGGCCCACGUCUUCGCCGACGAGCCCGCAGCCUUCGAGUACGCCUACUUCGGAGCCGACUGCUAGCCCGUCGCAAGCCCCGACGACGCCUAUGCCGACGCCGCUACCGUCGGUCGCGCCCACUACGCCGCGGCCGAGCCCGGGGCCCACGUUCUCGCCGAGCACGCAGCAGCCUUCCAGCACGCCGACGGCGCAGCCGAGCUCGGAGCCCACCGCGGAGCCGACGUGCCCUCAACCGUCUUCGAACCCGACGCCGGCGCCCACGACGCCUAUGCCGUCGCUGGGCCCGACGCCGCAGCCUACGCCGUACCCGACGCAAGUGCCAGUGCAUAAAUGAAACUGUCGCCGACUCGCAGCGCGUCUGCGGAAGCAUAACGCCAUCGACGCGACGCCAGCUCGAUGACGUGGCGUUGCAGUCUGGUACCGCUCGUUCCGACCAGCACGGCGGCGUUCUCGCCGAGAGAGGAUAUGGUGCAGGAUUCUCGGGCGCACCCGGUCGACUCACUGUUUGAAUUGUCCACAGGCCGCUGCCGACGCCGAUGCCGACGCCG